AUGGCGCGUCUACUCUUCGUCGUAUCUUUCGCCGUCCUGCUGGCAGUUGCGUCCGCAGGACAAACCGUGGUGACGGGACCUAACAACCCGGCAGUGAACCUCGACAAGGCCAAGGGCGAUAAUGGCGUGGCGACUAACGUCCCUUCUGGCAUCGAGAAGGCGGCGGCUGCGGGCAACCUGGAUAAGUUCGAGGGGACGACGAUCGUGGGCACGGAGACGGACAGUAUGCUGAUGGUGGACGUGAAGGCGGCCGGAUGGAACAAAAUGAAGUGCCACAAGGACCUGGGCAAGCCCGGGGACGGCGCGUGCACGCCGGCUAACUGCAGCAAGGGCGGCAUCGCCGCCAAGUGGAAGACGUCGAACCUGCUGAAGAACAAGCUGGGCGUGGAGGUGUACGUGAAGGGCAACCCGCUGACGCUGAAGAAGGCGUCCCCGCAGACGUGCUGCAACACGUGCGCGGGGUACAGCAGCUGCACGUACUGGCAGUAUAUCCCCGACAUCACGAUCGACGGCAAGAAGACGGAUGGUGCGUGCUACCUGGUGCACGACAACAUCGACUACUCGUGCGGCGAGCUGACGGCGCAGUACGCGACAGACUCGAAGCCCAUCGCGCUGCAGGUGCGCACGGGCGGCGAGUGCAACCCCGCGGCGAACGUGGUGAACGACCCGCAUCUGGUGGGCGCGUACGGCACGCACUUCGACUUCAACGGGCGCCCCGACAAGGCGUUCUGCCUGCUGACGGACAAGGACCUGCACGUGAACAUGCUGCUGCGCGGGUACUACUCGGACGACACGGAGAACGCGGCGCUCGUUGUGGACGGCAAGGCGGUGCACACGUGGAUCAAGGAGCUCGGCAUCAUCUGGUUCGCGAACGGCGCCGACCACAAGGUGCGGCUCGCGGCGCGCUCUGGCAAGCAGCAGGAGUGCGGCGAUGGGUUCAUGAAGACGAUCGAGAUCGACGGCGAGGAGAUCCCGAGGAUGAGCGUGGGCGACGAGGUGACGACCGAGGGCGGUCUGACUCUGCGGUUCGCGGCGCUGGAGAAGGAGGGCCCGUAUGACGUGGACUACUACACGCUCGCGAUCGACGGGCUCGUGGCGCUCGACCUGCGCCUGCGCGUGGCCAACCCCAAGCUGCAGACGCCCAGCGAGGCCGAGGCGCACAUCAACGUGGGGAUUGUGGAGUUGGAGCACACCGACGACGUGCACGGCGUGCUCGGCCAGACGUACCGCCCCGACCACGCUGCUCGCGCCGCCGACUUCCAGCGGCUGAUCGCGAACCUGCACCGUCCGAUCUCGGCCGACAGCCAGGAGGGCGCUGGGUUCCUUGACGGCACUCCCCGGCUGUACGAGUCGAGCUCCGUGCUGUCCGUGGACUGCGCGCAAACCGACGAAUCUCGCCGUCGAUUCCUCACCUGCUCUGCGCGCGCACGGAAAAUCGGCGCUGACGAAGUUUCCGCCGAACCCUCUUCUCCUUCCGCCGACGCAAAAACAGCUGCAGACGGGGAGAUUGUAGCUGAGAAUACGGCGGCGGAGGAUACGGGGAAGAAGCCGGAGGAUGCAGGGAAGAAAGCGGAGGAUGCGGGGAAGAAGGCGCAGAAGCGGGGGAAGGAGCUGGAGAAGCGCUUGCGCCGGUUGCGGGAAGUAAUGGCGGAAGUGGAUGGGGGGAAGGGCGUCGACGCCUUUAUCAUCCCGUCGGAAGACCCGCACCAGAGCGAGUACAUGGCGCCGUGCUUCGAGCGCCGCGCGUUCAUCUCGGGCUUCACGGGCUCCGCGGGCACGGCGGUGGUCACGCGCGAGCGCGCGCUGCUGUGGACGGACGGGCGCUACUUCCUGCAGGCGGAGCAGCAGCUUCCGCCCGGCUGGGACCUCAUGCGCGCGGGCAUGCCCGGCGUGCCCUCCGUCGCGGACUGGCUGGCGGAAGCUCUUCCCGCGGGAAGCCGAGUGGGCGUUGAUCCGUUAGUGCACUCAGCGGACAACGUGAGGGGCCUGGCGGACACGCUGGCAGCGUCGUCGUCCGUGGUGGUGCCGCUGCUGCGCGAGAGCAACCCCGUUGACGCCGUGUGGGGCGCCGAGCGUCCCCCGCCCCCAUCAGCGCCCAUGAGGGUGCACCCGAUCGAGUUCGCGGGGCAGACGGUGAGGGCGAAGCUGCAGCAGCUGCGGGCAGAGAUGAGGGACGCGGGUGCCACGGCGCUGCUGGUGUCGGCUCUGGAUGAAGUCGCCUGGCUGCUCAACGUGCGUGGAGCGGACGUGCCGCACUGUCCAGUGACAGUGGCAUAUGCAGUGGUGGAGGCGGAAGCAGCGCACCUCUUUGUGGACCCCAGCAAGGUGGCAGCGCCUGCUGUCGCAGAGCAUCUGGCAGCAGCAGGCGUGUCCGUCAAGCCUUAUGGCGACCUCGUGCCCUUCCUCCAGAGGUCUGCAAUGGAGGGGGCCCGUCUCUGGCUCGACCCUGCCUCCGCGUCCUCUGCAGUGCUCUGUUCUGUUGAAGCCGCCUGCGCUCAGUUCUACGAACAGAGAGCCUCAGGGAAGGGGGGGGUUGGAAAGAAGGGGAAGAAGGGCGAGAAGGGGGAGAAGAAGAGCAAGGAGGGAAAGGGAGGGAAGGGUAGGGAGGAGCGAGGGGGAGCAGGUGGGGAGGAAGUGGAAGGCCCGGCAGUGCUGAGCCGAACCACCCCGAUCUCUCUGGCCAAGGCACUGAAGAACGAAUCUGAGAUUGAGGGCAUGAAGAACGCGCAUAUCAGGGACGCGGUGGCAAUGGCGCAUUUCUGGGAGUGGGCGGAGAGGGCAGUGGUGGAGGAGGGGAGGGCAGUGACGGAGGUGGAGCUGGGGGAGAGGCUAGAGGCGUUCCGUGCCCAGCAGGAGGGGUUCCUCGAUACCAGCUUUGAUACCAUCGCAGGUUCGGGCAAGAACGGGGCGAUCAUUCACUACCGAGCCGAGGAGGACAACUGUGCGGUGGUGGAUCCUUCCAAGAUGCGUCUGCUGGACAGCGGGGCGCAGUACAUGGACGGCACAACAGACAUCACGCGCACUGUCCACUUUGGGACUCCCUCGGACUAUGAGAAGGAGUGCUACACACGCGUGCUGCAGGGCCAUAUCGCGCUAGAUUGCGCAGUGUUCCCCCAGGGCACGCCCGGGUUCGCUCUCGACAUUCUGGCGCGAAAGGCGCUGUGGGGCAUGGGGCUGGACUACCGGCACGGCACGGGGCACGGCGUGGGCGCUGGGCUGAACGUGCACGAGGGGCCGCAGAGCAUCAGCCCGCGCUUUGGCAACCCGACUCCUCUGCAGGCCGGCAUGGUUGUUAGCAACGAGCCGGGGUUCUACCACGAUAACCAGUUCGGGAUCAGAAUCGAGAACCUUCUUGUGGUGAGGGAGCAGCAGACGCAGUUCCGAUUUGGUGGCACAACGUAUCUGGGAUUCGAGUGCCUCACACUCUUUCCAAUCCAGACGAAGCUAGUGAGUGUGGAGCUGCUGAGCAACGCAGAGGUGAAGUGGAUUAACGACUAUCACCAGCGCGUGUGGGACACUGUCUCCCCUUUGCUAUCAGGGGCACCCCUGCAGUGGUUACAGCGCAACACUCAGCCCAUCUCGCGAAACCAGGCCCCACAGAAACCUGCAGCGGCUAGAGGGGCAAAAGCAGGAGCCAAAGGAGGAGCUAAGGCAGCAGCCAAGGCGGCUGCAGCCAGCUAA